UGCGAAACGAGUCUAGUCAUCAGCUAAAUUCGUUACUGAUUUCUUCGUUGUUGUUGGCUAUGAAUUCUCAAGAACCCUACUUGGCAAAUCAAGUUCGAUUUACACGCACAAAAUCAGUCUUCAACUUCGCAGCUCGCAGCUUUUCCCUGGAUUCAACUUCGCGAUUUGAUUUCACGACUGGAUUGGAAUUUUCGUGAUUCAGUUCGACUUCGUGGGUUCAAGGCCAACUCCCAAUCGCGACUCGGCAGUCUGUGACCCUCGUUUCGUUUGUGACCUGCGAAGGUGUAUAGAACUGCCCUUACAUUCUUCCAAUCGAUUUCACAUUCCACAAUCGAUUUCUCGCAAUUCUAACCAAAAUUUCCAGAUAUAGAACAUGAGCGUAGAACCAUUUAACAGGUUGGUGAAGCUAGCAGCUAGGGCUUUUUACGAUGACAUCACAACAAAAGGAGAAAAUCAGCCCAAAACUGGGAGGAGUGAUAAUAGAGGAAUUGCUGUGGUGGUACUUGAUGCUCUCACUAGGCGUCAGUGGGUCAGAGAGGAAGAUUUGGCGAAGGACUUGAAGCUGCACUCAAAGCAACUGCGUCGGACUUUGAGAUUUUUUGAAGAAGAAAAGCUAGUCACCAGGGAUCAUAGAAGAGAGACAGCAAAAGGUGCAAAAAUUUAUAGUGCUGCAAUAGCUGCCACAGCUGAUGGUCAGCAAAAUGGGCGUGAGGGAGAAGAAAAGAUUAAGCUGCACACUCACUCUUACUGUUGUUUAGAUUAUGCACAGAUAUAUGAUGUUGUGAGGUACAGACUGCAUCGAAUGAAGAAAAAGCUAAAAGAUGAACUGGAGAACAAGAACACAGUUCAGGAGUAUAUAUGUCCCAACUGCGGGAAAAGGUAUACUGCUUUGGAUGCACUACGACUUGUUUCUCCAGAGGAUGAAUAUUUCCAUUGUGAAAGUUGCAAUGGAGAACUUGUUGCUGAGAGUGACAAGUUAGCUGCUCAAGAAAUGGGAGAUGGAGAUGAUAAUGCAAGGAGGCGGCGGCGUGAAAAGCUGAAGGACAUGCUUCAAAAGAUGGAGGAACAGCUUAAGCCAUUAAUGGAUCAACUCAGCAGAGUAAAAGAUUUGCCUUCUCCUGAAUUUGGAAAUCUUCAUGCAUGGGAACUUCGUGCUAAUGCUGCUGUUCGCGCUGCAAAUGGUGAUUCUAGUGCCAAUGAUUCCUCUAAAUCUUCACAGGGGCUUGGGUUUGGUGGAACGCCUAUGCCAUUUGUUGGAGAGACAAAGGUUGAAGUUGCCUUCUCUGGUAUUGAAGAAAAAGGCGAGGAUAUUAAAUCUGAGAAUGCAAAUUCCCCUAUGAAAGUCUUGCCUCCUUGGAUGAUCAAACAAGGGAUGAACCUUACAAAAGAGCAGCGUGGGGAGGUCAAGCAGGAAUCGAAGAUGGAGGGCACUUCAGCAGCUGUAGAGUUAUCAGAAGACAAAAAGUCAACAACUGGAAAAGAUGAUGCAAAGAAUUUACAGGAUGAAUAUGUUAAAGCCUAUUAUGCUGCUCUACUUCAGAGGCAACGGGAGCAAGAAGAAGCUGCCAAGACAGAACAGGAGUUGUUAAACACUAACAUCUCUAAUGGUCUUAAUGGUACAUUUGAGCGUCAAGUUGGAAUGAAGUCCAAACGUGAUGAAAAUGAUGAAGAUGAAAAUGUUGAAUGGGAAGAGGCUCCACCUGCAGGUAAUACAGGUGAAAAUUACAAGGUUGACUUAAAUGUUCAAGCUGAUGCAUCAGGUGAUGAUGAUGAGGAUGACAUAGAUUGGGAGGAGGGUUGAGAGAACAGUAUUCUGUCCCAUGCAAUAUUUUGUCUAUUACUAGAAAGAUGAGUGAGCCGAGUGAUGAUGGGGUUUUCUCAAGUUGCUUUCUUUGUCGACUUUUUUUUUUUUUUUUACCAUACAACAACCAGUAACCAUAAAAUGUGGAACUUCUCUUGUUUGGAGCUUUUUAAAGAGAGAUCUUCUGUUGUAAGUGUGGAUUGAAGAAACAAUGCAAGUAAAAUGGAGAAGGGAAAAUUUUAUAUAAAUGACACUGCUGUUUCAAUGUGCUCA